AUGCCAUCCUCCAACGGCGAUUCUCCACACUCGGCAACGGCGGCCAUGGCAGCGUCUGCUGGUGCCACUGCCGUCAGGCAGUUUCCAUCAUUGCCCAACCGGGACUUUACGGUCGAGAUCCCUUCGCCUCAGCUCCCUGCCGGUGCCAAUGGCACGCACUCACUCAAGUCACCAAAUUCACUGAAGUCGGCACGAACUCCGAGCUUUAGCAGGGAGGGCAUACUCGGCGCGGCUCAGAAGGCCCGAAAUCUGUCCCAGCCAUCCGAGAACCGGUCGGAGACCGUUCCGAACGGUAUCGUCAAAUCCACGAGCGAGGAGAGCAUCAAUGGCCUCAAUCCGCUGAAGAGAAGAAACACGUCUGACGCAGGUGUCGACUAUCCGAGGCGGAGGGCGACAAUUGCUUGCGAAGUGUGUCGCUCAAGGAAGUCGCGAUGCGAUGGAACGAAGCCCAAGUGCAAGCUCUGUACGGAGCUUGGUGCGGAAUGCAUCUACCGAGAGCCUGGCAUCAAGCUGGAUGCCGGAGACAAGCUCAUUCUCGAGCGCCUGAAUAGGAUCGAGAACCUGCUUCAGAUGAACUUGGUUGGGCACGCCAAUGGCAUUAAUCUGUCACACGACUCGCCGAACAUGAGCAACGGCACUGCCUUGAGCGGCGACAAUCUCAUGAUGCAGAAUGCAAGCAAUUUUGUCUCCAUCAUCCCGAGCGGCGGCCUCGGCACCUGGUCUGCCACAGCCACUAACAUCUCGACUAUGCCUAAGGUGCACACGAACGCGGCUCUCCACCUGCUGCAAUGGCCGCUGAUUCGAGACCUCGUCUCACGACCGUAUGACCCCCAAAUCCUGCUCCAGCUCGAGAUGGCUCGCGAACCUCUGCACUCGCUCGCCAAGACGCCCUGCGUGGAUUUGUCGAACACGAACGCGUACAUCGAGGCCUACUUUGACCGGGUCAACGUCUGGUAUGCCUGCGUCAACCCGUACACGUGGCGGAGCCACUACCGGAUCGCACUGUCAAAUGGUUUCAGAGAAGGCCCGGAAAGUUGCAUUGUGCUCCUCGUCUUGGCCCUCGGGCAGGCCAGCUUGAGGGGGAGCAUAUCGAGGAUCGUACCACACGAGGAUCCCCCGGGACUUCAGUACUUUACCGCUGCUUGGUCGCUGCUGCCCGGCAUGAUGACCUCCAACAGCGUGCUCGCGGCACAGUGUCACCUGCUUGCCGCUGCCUACCUAUUCUACUUGGUGAGGCCACUGGAAGCCUGGAACUUGCUCUGCACCACGAGCACGAAGCUGCAGCUCCUGCUCAUGACGCCGAAUAGAGUGCCUGCCGACCAGAGAGAGUUGAUUGAGAGAAUCUACUGGAACUCGCUCCUCUUCGAGAGCGACCUACUGGCAGAGCUGGAUCUACCGCACUCGGGAGUCGUGGCCUUCGAAGAGAACGUCGGGUUGCCGUGCGGCUUUGAGGGAGAUGAGCAAGAAGCAGUCGGACGAGAUGACCUAUGGUACUUCUUGGCCGAGAUCGCAUUGCGACGUCUCCUGAACCGCGUCAGCCAACUCAUCUACUCCAAGGACUCGAUGGCGUCGACAACAAGUCUGGAGCCGGUGGUUGCCGAGCUGGACUUCCAGCUGACGCAGUGGUACGAGAGCCUGCCCGUCCCGCUGCAGUUCCCCUUCACGCGUACGAUGCUUCCGGAUCCGGUGCAGACGGUGCUGCGGUUGCGAUUCUUUGCCUGUCGAACCAUCAUCUACCGGCCCUACAUCCUAGCGGUUCUAGACAACGAACAGGCGAUAUUGGAUCCCGCGGUGCGGGACAGUUGCACCAAGUGCCUCGAGGCCUCCAUUCGGCAAUUGGAGCAUAUUACUGCACAUCACGCCGGGCACAUGCCGUACCUUUGGCAAGGUGCUCUCUCCAUCGUCUCGCAGACACUUCUCGUCAUGGGCGCCACAAUGUCACCGUCGCUGUCUGCUAUUCUCUGCAGCCUGGUGCCACAUCGCGAGGCUAUCGACCAGAUCAUCAACGACGUAGUCAUGGAGAUUGAGCGCUAUGCCGUCCUCUCGCCCAGCCUCAGCCUCUCAGCCGAGAUCAUCAAGGAAGCCGAAGUCAGACGUCGGACCUUCCUGAGCGGUUGAUCCGUGUACAGGGGUAUGACGUCCCCCGCACAACCAUCGCGAACAUGCAUGGGCCUGAUCGCAGACAUGGCAGCAAGCAUCUCUCGCCUAACUCAUACUCGACCACGCUUCCGGCGCACUGGGAAAGGUACCACCCCCUUGCACCUCGAAUACCCCACGACCUGCAGCUCGCUUAUUGCGAGUACAUGGAGCAGCUGCACAUCCGGCGCGAACUCCCCGGAACCCGCGAGCA